AGUUCCUGGGGUGUGGAGACAGAGGGGCCGGGGAUGAAAAACGUGGAAGAGGGGGGGAGUUUAAAAAGAAGCGGAUAAAUAAUCUCUACCUUCACGGGUUUCCUCUGGGCGCUACAGGAGUUGUGGAACACGCUGUUCGAAUGAGUGAUUGAUGUCAUCUUUCUUCCUUCAGGGCAGGAUGGGUGUGUGUCCCCUGCUCCUGCUGCUUGGUGUCGCCCUCGGGGCCUCAGCCCAAGGUUCAUCCACUGCAGGUCCUUCAGAUGUGUCCACCAGACCUACAAAGCCUCCAGUUGCUCCCCAACUUAUACCAACUCCUGCAUUAACCCCCAAAGACACUGUCACGGUGCGUGCCCCCACAGUGACACCAGUAAUGACAACAGAAGCUACAACAACCACAAGCCCAGGUGGUAAGACCUCUGAUUCCAAAAAUGCUGGAGGUCCACCAACUACACCUCCUGCUGAUGUCCCAGAACCAACAACAAUCACCCAAACACCCCCUCCCACCCCGACGAUGGGAGAGACCACAACCUUAGCUCCAGUACCUGAAUCUCCAGUGACUGACUCUACUACACCUAAGGAGACCACCACAAAACCAGUCACAUCAAGCACCCAGCCACCUGACGAUGAAAUGCCAAUCAUAGCUGUGAUGGUGGCCCUGUCCUCCCUGCUGGUCAUCAUCUUCAUCAUCAUCAUCCUGUACAUGCUCAGAUUUAAGAAGUACAAACAAGCAGGGAGCCAUUCCAACUCCUUCAGGUUGACCAACGGCAGAUCGGAUGAUACAGCAGAGCUCCAGAGUGUGCCACUGUUGGCCCGUUCACCCAGCACAAACAGGAAGUACCCACCCAUUCCCGUGGACAAGCUCGAGGAAGAAAUGAACCGUCGCAUGGCUGAUGACAACAAGCUCUUCAGAGAGGAGUUUAAUGCUCUGCCAGUCUGCCCCAUCCAGGCAUCCUGUGAUGCUGCAUCAAAGGAAGAAAAUAAAGAAAAAAACAGAUACGUCAACAUAUUGCCGUAUGAUCAUUCCAGAGUGCAUCUCUUGUCUCUAGAGGGAGUCCCCGACUCUGAUUUCAUCAAUGCUUCUUUUAUAAAUGGGUACCAGGAGAAGAAUAAAUUUAUUGCAGCACAAGGGCCGAAGGAGGAAACUGUAAAUGACUUUUGGCGGAUGAUAUGGGAACAGAAUACAGCCACCAUCGUAAUGGUGACCAACCUGAAGGAGAGAAAAGAGUGUAAGUGUGCGCAGUACUGGCCGGACCAGGGCUGUUGGACGUACGGCAACAUCCGCGUGUCUGUAGAUGACACCGUGGUUCUGGUGGACUACACUGUCCGCAAGUUCUGCAUCCAGCAGGUGGGAGAUGUUUCUGGGAAAAAGCCUCAGAGGCUGGUCACUCAGUUCCACUUCACCAGCUGGCCAGACUUCGGGGUGCCCUUCACUCCCAUCGGUAUGCUCAAAUUCCUCAAGAAAGUCAAGAACUGCAACCCUCAGUAUGCUGGCCCUAUUGUUGUUCACUGCAGUGCGGGUGUGGGAAGGACAGGUACCUUUAUAGUGAUUGAUGCCAUGUUGGACAUGAUGAACGCUGAGAGGAAGGUGGACGUGCACGGCUUCGUGACCCGGAUCAGAGCCCAGCGUUGUCAGAUGGUGCAGACCGAUAUGCAGUACGUUUUCAUCUUCCAGGCUUUAUUAGAGCACUAUUUGUACGGAGACACGGAGCUGGAGGUGUCCUCGUUGGAGUCCCACUUAGCUAAGCUGUAYGCUCCUGCACCUGGAGCUGGCUGCAGCGGGCUGGAGGCCGAAUUCAAGAAACUCACAUCCAUCAAGAUUCAGAAUGACAAGAUGAGAACAGGCAACCUGCCCGUCAACAUGAAGAAGAACAGAGUGCUACAGAUCAUUCCAUAUGAGUUCAACAGAGUGAUCAUUCCAGUCAAACGAGGAGAGGAAAACACGGACUACGUCAACGCCUCUUUCAUCGAUGGCUACCGGCAGAAAGAUGCCUACAUAGUGAGUCAGGGGCCCCUGCAGCACACCAUAGAGGACUUCUGGAGGAUGAUCUGGGAAUGGAGGAGCUGCUCCAUAGUCAUGCUUACUGAGCUGGAGGAGAGAGGGCAGGAAAAGUGUGCUCARUAUUGGCCCAGUGAAGGGAUCGUGAGCUAUGGAGACAUUUCCAUUGAGCUGAAAAGGGAGGAGGAGAAUGAGAGCUACACAGUGCGUGACCUCCUGGUCACCAACACCAGGGAAAACAAGGCUCGGGCUGUGCGUCAGUUUCAUUUCCAUGGCUGGCCGGAGGUGGGCAUCCCUGCAGAUGGGAAAGGCAUGAUCAACAUCAUUGCUGCGGUGCAGAAACAACAGCAACAGUCCGGCAACCACCCCAUCACUGUACACUGCAGUGCUGGUGCUGGACGGACAGGCACCUUCUGUGCGCUGAGUACGGUUCUGGAGAGAGUGAAGGCAGAAGGCAUCCUGGACGUCUUCCAGACGGUGAAGAGCCUCAGACUACAGAGACCCCACAUGGUGCAGACACUGGAGCAGUACGAGUUCUGCUACAAAGUGGUCCAGGAAUACAUCGACGCCUUUUCCGACUACGCUAACUUCAAGUAGGGACCCUCUGGAUGGAUGAMUGUCCUCACUCACUUAUUACAAGCAUAAGCUCAUACCGGGACACACGCGUACAUUCUCAUGCAGAGAGUUGCAUUUUGACCCUUGGGAGGAUCGUUCAGAAAGACUCUUUACUUGAUUUGAGGAUCGGACAAAAACGGCCCGCAGGAAAAGGGAACAGACGUCGGCUCCCGGAGGACGGGCAGCACAGGUGGACACAGAAAAUUAACUCAGAUGCCUUCUUGAAUAUUUUGUAAUGAUGUUAAUAACAGCCCAUCACUUUUAUUUACUUUACAUCUCCACGCUCUAAAAUGUAAAUAUCCUUACUGUGAUGCAUUUUUAUUACUUUGGUUUCAGACACGGUUUUCUUUUUUUUGGCUGCAUUUUCAAGUGGCACCUGUAAUGUAUUUUGUUGGUAUACAUAGAUAUAUAAAAAAUAUAAAUAUAUAUGAAUAUAAACCAAAUUGUUUUGGUGGACAAUGUGCAACAUCCAGCAUCAAGGUUUAUUGUUUUUUCUUCUUUAAAGACUUUAGAUUUUUUUUUUUUUGGACUUUGCCUGAGCCUCGUAGCGACGGGUGGUAGRAGAAGCUUUCACGUUUACCAACACACCCUGGAUUUCCACUAACAUUCCUACAUGUUCACACACACAUAAUGAAAAACAUUUCCCUGCAUCUACUUGGCCAAAAACAGAAAAAAAUCUAGAUAUUAGCUUUUUUUUAAAUCCAGAUGUUCAAAACGGACUCACAAUGAAAGUCUCUGUGAUGUAGCUGGUAAUCUYAGGUUUCCUCACUGACCUACACACUAAAUUAUCAGGAGCCAUUUAGUUKGUUCAGAGUUCAGGUGUGGGUGUUUGAGCCGAACAGAUGCUGUGUUUUCACGUUGCGGUGCCAAAGUCCUUCACUCGUUCUGCUCUGGAGUCUGAGGAGCUACUAAMCGUGUCGAGACAAACCUGCCCAGUCUGGCAUCAUUAGUGACCAAGUUUUGGACCAUGACAGGAAUUCAGGAAAGUUAAAAAUACACAAUGGAUUAUUUCUGCAGACUAGAAGCAUCAAUGAAACAGAUAAGUUGGGUUGAAAAUGAGUAAGGCGACCAUUUUAAAGUGUGUUCCUGUGUAAAGAUUUWWAAAAAGGCUGUGUCUCAAUUCAGRGGUUGCAGCCCAUGUAGGRCCAUAAGAUGUCCCAAUUCUUAGGCACCUGCUGAUGCGGCCCACAAAACCCCAAAAAUGUAGGCUGCAUCUGAUACGAUAUCCCAGGAUUCAUUGCGUCAUCAGCAAAGUAAACAGAAAAAAUAAACACAGAAAAGUUUUUUUUUUACUGAAGAGUUCAGAAAAUGAAGAACCGAAUAAUUGUUUUUAAACAUGCAGUAUGUUUAGUAAUUUAGCUGAUGAAAUCUAUGAUGCAAUGACUUGUUAAAUAAAAUGCAACUACAAGCACUGAUACUGGAGCUAAACCCAAAUUAUUAAGGCUUUAUUUGUUUACAGUUACCGUUUUUUUAAUAAUACUGAUUUUUGUGAAGUUAUACCGUGAAGACAACUGAAGGCACGUGAUAUAAAACAUAUCAGUGUGGUAACGGGGCAGCACGUCGCCACAUAAACGUGUCAUCUGUAGACUAGACCGUUUAUGCAGCCUACACUGGCAGCCUACGUGGGAUGCAACUCCUGAAUUGAGACACAGCUAAUGUCUUACCUGUUAUAGAUUGUGUGUUAUUGCAGCUAAAAGCAAAGUGUCAUCUUAAAGUGCCCGUGACAUGCACAUUAUUUAAAUACAAAAAGAAAGAAAACAUUUAGGAAACUACAUAACACAUGAUUUUACUCAUUUUGUUGCAUAACUGACAUACUUUCUUUUGAAAGUGGCUCAGCCAAAAUGAAACAGGAAGUGACAUCAAAGAGGAACUCUUUAAGAAAGAAAACUCUCUUGUCUUUGUUUAUCGAAACAAUAUUAUUUGAACUCUGACUCUUUUUCAUCUCUCACUGACAGUGAUGCAAAAUAAUCUAAAGUAACGUCAGAUUUUUCUCUGCAGUCUGUGAUGUUAUAGUAGCAGCGCUCUCUUCUCAUUCCAACAUUCGCCUUUGACAUCACUUCCUGUUACUUAAAAUGCAAAUAUCUCAACUACUGUUCAUCUCAGCAGCGUGAAAUUUAUUUUUGCAAUGUUAUCAAYGUUAUCUUUCCAAACAUGCAUUCAUAUUAUUUAAAAAAGUUUGAUGUCACAGGCACUUUAAAACAACUUUAAUCUGAACCGUUGGUGUUGGUGAAGCUUAUAUUUCAGUUAGCUGUGCCCACCACUGUUUUUACUUUUACACAGAAACCCACGUAAAAAAAAAUGGUCAAACUACUCCUUUAAGGUCUGAUACAGUCUCAGCAACCAGGAUGAUCAUGUUGACGAGCCGAGCCGCAACUAAAAGUUACGUUGUUUAGAAAUCAACAAAUCCUAAAUAUCCAGCGAUUACUCUUUUCUGGACAUACAUCAAUGUUUUUUAUUUGGAGGAUUUUAUUUCUGCUUCACAUUUGCUCAGAUUAAAAGUCACUCCUUUUGAUAUCAGCACCUCAUCACUGUGUGUUUGUACCUUUUACUGCCAGCAGCYUUUAUUUUGUCCUGCCAUGUUUGUUACUCUAUUAUUAUUAUUAUUUAUAUGGAUGUCCGGAGAACACUUUAGAAGCUGGGAUUAUCUUCCAGCUGAUAUCACUGUUUAGGCCACAUUUGUUAUGAGUGUAAUAAAAGAUAAAUGAAGUUGUUUUAUAAACCCAGCCAGCCCAGUGUUUAAAUUCACUGAWAGAAAAAGAAAAAAUAAGUUUUACAGCAUGAACGUUUUGCCUCCAACUUUAACUAAACGCCUCCAUUUUUGUACACAGUCUGCAUUCAGCUAACACUCCUAUAUUUAUUACCCUUUAUACAAAGAAUGAGCACAAUCAAAAUGAUCCUUUUUUUAAAUUAUGGUUAAAAAGUUCCUAAUUGUGAGAAAGGGGGAUUGCAUUAGUGUUGAAUGUUUGUUUGAGCACUCGUGCAGAAUUUGCACCAAAAGUCAAAAAGCUCUUAAAAGAAACCAAAUGAGGGAGAGAAAAAAAGGUCAAAGUGAUGUUCUGAAUUUAGMAAACGGAGACUCUAAUGGGUUUUUCAGGUCUUGAAGAUGAAGCCAUCUGUGUGGAUCGGACAAAAAGCAAAAAGAUUCAGCAAAAAGCUGAAUCGACCAAUCGCUGAAAACGUUUAUUUUUGUCAACAGCAUCACAAGUGCCCGCUCUGUCGUUAAGUGCCAUCGUGCUCUUCAUUUCACAUUUCCUGAAAGAAGCUGACAGAGUAUGAUGUUCAGCUUUUGUUCCGUUUUAAACAUUAUUGUGCAUUUUGUUGGGGGUUUGAGACGUCGCUGCUGUUUGACAGCCAAACACGACACUGUGAUAUGAAUUAAACUGAAAAAUAAAAAAGUWCCUCAGUAGUUGAUGUCCAAAAAUAUAUUAUAUAAUCCUUCACCCUCGUACUUCACACGGUGAAAUCAUCUUGUUGCCUCUGUUUUUCUUAAUGACAUGCAUUUACCAGCUGUUCACCUAAUGAACAGCGUGAGGCAUAUCCUUUUCUUCACAUUCCCUUUAGCUCCACAGCUUUAAAUCUGUGGAUAAAACUAACACCAAGGUCCCUUUUUGUGAUUAAUUUAUUCCUAAUAUCAGUUAGAGGUCCAUGACAAGUAAUCAGUUAUGGGUUUUAUAUAAAUAAAGUUUGUUUCCCUUCAUUUUAAUUUUUUUUUUAGAUACAUCCCAACAGAAUCAGACUUUGUUUCAUCCAGCUCCAUUCACUGGUGUCCACUUCCUUCUUCCUUUUACUCAUUUCCCGGUGGUUAACACUCCUCCUUUUGUACAUAAUGUAAGGUUAUUUAUAUGUCAUUGUUGUCUACAGCCUUGCUUUUUUUGUCUUCUGCUUCCCAUAUUUUCCUUUUUUCCCCCCAAGAACUGUAUCGGGACCAUUUUUAAAAAGUGUUAAAUGUUUUUAUUUUGGUGGUUUUUGAUUUGGUAUAACUGUCUUGAGCAAUUCCACUUUUUUUUUUUCAAUUCGCCUAAGUUUAUUUGUAGUGUUUUGUUAUUCAACAUUUGAAUAUAUGUAUAUAUAUAAUUAUAUAUGAUAAAAUUAUAUAUAAUUAUAUAAUGCCAAAUGGCCUUUAUAAGUAAGAUACUGUUUAAACCUAAUAAAGUGCUUGAGAUUUUAA